AGUUCCGGUCGCAGAGGAGACAGCGCCGCAGUUGCCGCCAGCUCGGGGAUUUCUGGCUCUUUUCUCUUCGCCUUAAAUUCGGGUGUCUUUUAUGAAUAAUCAAAAGCAGCAAAAACCAACGCUAUCAGGCCAGCGUUUUAAAACCAGAAAAAGAGAUGAAAAAGAGAGGUUUGACCCUACUCAGUUUCAAGACUGUAUUAUUCAAGGCUUAACUGAAACUGGUACUGAUUUGGAAGCAGUAGCUAAGUUUCUUGAUGCUUCUGGAGCAAAACUUGACUACCGCCGCUAUGCAGAAACACUCUUUGACAUUCUGGUGGCUGGCGGAAUGCUGGCCCCAGGUGGUACACUGGCAGAUGACAUGAUGCGCACAGAUGUCUGUGUGUUUGCAGCACAAGAAGACCUAGAGACCAUGCAAGCAUUUGCUCAGGUUUUUAACAAGUUAAUCAGGCGCUACAAAUACCUGGAGAAAGGUUUUGAAGAUGAAGUUAAAAAGUUACUGCUCUUCCUAAAGGGAUUUUCAGAGUCAGAGAGGAACAAGCUCGCCAUGUUGACUGGGGUUCUUCUGGCUAAUGGGACACUGAAUGCAUCCAUUCUUAACAGCCUUUAUAAUGAGAACUUGGUUAAAGAAGGGGUUUCAGCAGCAUUUGCUGUAAAGCUCUUUAAAUCAUGGAUAAAUGAGAAAGACAUCAAUGCAGUCGCUGCAAGUCUUCGGAAAGUCAGCAUGGACAACAGACUGAUGGAGCUGUUCCCUGCCAAUAAGCAAAGCGUCGAACACUUCACUAAGUAUUUCACCGAGGCAGGCUUGAAGGAGCUUUCAGAGUAUGUCCGCAACCAGCAGACCAUUGGGGCGCGGAAGGAGCUCCAGAAGGAGCUUCAGGAGCAGAUGUCCCGCGGUGAUCCAUUCAAGGAUAUAAUCUUAUAUGUCAAGGAAGAAAUGAAGAAGAACAACAUCCCAGAACCAGUCGUCAUUGGGAUAGUCUGGUCCAGUGUGAUGAGCACCGUGGAGUGGAACAAAAAGGAGGAGCUGGUAGCAGAGCAAGCCAUCAAGCACUUGAAGCAAUACAGCCCCCUACUUGCUGCCUUUACUACCCAAGGUCAGUCUGAGCUGACUCUGCUGCUGAAGAUUCAGGAGUAUUGCUAUGACAACAUUCAUUUCAUGAAAGCCUUCCAGAAAAUAGUGGUGCUUUUUUAUAAAGCUGAGGUCCUGAGUGAAGAGCCCAUUCUGAAGUGGUAUAAGGAUGCACAUGUUGCAAAGGGGAAAAGUGUCUUCCUUGAGCAGAUGAAGAAGUUUGUAGAAUGGCUCAAAAAUGCUGAAGAGGAAUCUGAGUCUGAAGCUGAAGAAGGUGACUGAAUUUUGAAACAACAUCCUCAGUAAAGCAAACAGGAGUUGUAGAUAAAAUGUCAUGUCUCAUGUGUCCUGGUUCUUACAUCUUCCUACCUCCCUAUAUCAAGCAUGAUAUAAGGGCUUUCAUGGCAAUUUUUAUUUUAACUGUUUUUAUGGUUACUGGAAAUGUUGGGUUUGGUUUCUGAAACCAUGUGUAAGUAGCUGCAGGAGCUGUAGAAUUGAAUCUGAUUGUUUCAUUGGUUUUUCAGUUACCUUCUACCUCCUGUAUUUUCUACUGUAAUAAUGUGAUGUAAGGCCUUCCACAAUGAGCAGUUCACUCUAUUCCCUGGGUUUUCUAUAGAAACAGUUUUCAAGAUAUGAUUUGGUUAAAAAUAAUUUGUUACAAAAAGAUUCUGUUUGCAAAUUAAACUGUAAAAGUAUCCAAUGUCUCAAAAGACAAUGAUUUGUGUGAUAAUUUAGUAUGUCCAGAACCUUGUUCAUCAGUGAAAGUCCUGUAGACGAUUGACUCCAUAACAUGAAUCCUGAGUGUUUGGACCAUUGGUUAUAUAUGUAAGCAUUUUCUUGUAUUUUUAAUCCCAGAAUUUUUUUUUUUUUUUUCCCCUGGGUUUCAUCUUUAGUUAAGCCAUGGAGAGCAAUAUGGAGUUUUAGAACUCACAUGUGGCAGAGGUAGGAAGAAGAAAGCUGAGCCUUUUUCCAGAAACUUCUGUGUUCAUUUGUAUCUUAUCAGGUGGAACAAGUAGAUACUCUUCAUACAAACAUUCUACUCAGGAGACAGCUGGACUGUUUAGGAAAGGGUUCCCAGAGGAGUAUGAGUCAAGGUUAGUCUUGACACUGACCUAUAGGCUUGUUGGGAACGUUGCAGGAGAGCGUGUUCUAACAAGAUCUAAACACGUCUCCAUUUCCUGUUGUGAAGGCAGUCAGCGGUCCGCCACUCAGUCAUCAGGCCUGGCUUCAUUCUGCUCUAUUCAAGCACCUAGUAACACACCCUAGUUGCCAUUUCAUUGCCGUGGGCCAAAUACUUCUUUUAAAUGAUUAAUUCAUUUAUUUUAAUGGAUGCCUUCAUUUCUUUUUGCUAUCCAUUUGUAGUUAGUUGAUAGGGGGGAAUGUAGCCACCUUUUUGGGAAAGGCUAAAGAAAAAUGAACAUUUUGAAAGUUUUUUUUAAUUGAUAAAAGAAAAUAGUCAAAAAUAAUGCCACCAGAGACUGAGUGGAAAUUGCCCAUUUUGAAGGUGCCAUUCUUAGAAGCCAAGAAUUUGGUAUUUAAAGUUUAUCUUGAGAGGAUAACAUGUAAUAUAAUUUGAAAUAAAGGUAUAGUAACCUUGAGAGCAUUGUAGUGGAAACAUUGAUGAGGGGUGAAUUUGUAAAAUGAAUGACUUUGAUAAAGUUUUAUGCACAGGCGAAUGUAUCCAUUAGAUUCUGUGUAGUGAUCUGCUUUUCCUUUGUAAUUUGUAGUCCUGAAAAGAUUUUUUUUUUAAAUAAAGUCCAUCCUUACAUUUA